GCUUUUAAACUCACUGUUGGAUGAUCCUUUAAAAUUUCUUCGUCAAGUCCGUUUUCCCUAUACAACACUGACUCUACCCAGUAUUCCUUUUUCUUUCCUCGUCCAAUUUGCAUGUGUAUAAAACGAACAAUCAUGAAGUGUUAAAUAGAGCAUUCAUCCCGAGUUGCAGAUUUUCGAAGCUACCUUAUGCAAAGCAAAGGGUGAAUCCAUUACUCUCAUGCAUGUGUGCAACAUACUCUGUAAAGGAAAUUAGCAAUAUUUUUUAAAGAAAGAAGUAUAAAGUGAUUUAAAAAUAUACAUUCAAGCUGGCUCACCCUAUUUCCAAUCAGAACAGCUCGGUGUCUGGUCUUCAGCCCCUUUGGAGGACUGUCAACAGCAAAAGGAUGGCAUCAGAACUGGCAAUGAGCAACUCCGACCUGCCCACUAGUCCCCUAGCCAUGGAAUAUGUUAAUGACUUCGAUCUGAUGAAGUUUGAAGUGAAAAAGGAGCCGGUGGAGACCGAUCGCAUCAUCAGCCAGUGCAGCCGUUUGAUCGCUGGGGGAUCCCUAUCUUCUACCCCGAUGAGCACUCCUUGCAGCUCAGUACCCCCUUCUCCCAGCUUUUCGGCGCCGAGUCCGGGCUCGGGGAGCGAACAGAAGGCGCACCUGGAAGAUUAUUACUGGAUGACAGGCUAUCAGCAGCAGCUAAACCCAGAAGCGUUGGGAUUCAGCCCCGAAGACGCAGUCGAAGCCCUGAUCAACAGCAGCCACCAGCUCCAGAGCUUCGACGGCUUUGCUAGAGGGCAGCAGUUUGCAAAUGCAGCCGCUUCAGGGGGUGCGAUGGGCGGUGAAGAGAUGGGACCGGCAGCCGCAGUCGUGUCCGCAGUCAUCGCAGCGGCCGCAGCUCAGAACGGGGGGCCCCACCACCACCACCACCAUCACCACACAGGGGGCCACCACCAAAGCACCGGCAUCCCCUCUGCAAAUAGCAGUCCUUCCGUCGGACACCACCAGCACCACAGCCUGCAUUUUGAUGAUCGCUUUUCCGACGAGCAGCUGGUGACUAUGUCUGUCCGAGAGCUUAACAGGCAACUCAGGGGAGUCAGCAAAGAAGAGGUGAUCCGGCUGAAACAGAAGAGAAGAACCCUCAAAAACAGAGGCUAUGCCCAGUCUUGUCGUUUCAAGAGAGUUCAGCAAAGACACGUUCUGGAAAGUGAGAAGAACCAACUCCUUCAGCAAGUAGAUCACCUCAAACAAGAAAUAUCAAGACUUGUCCGGGAGAGGGACGCCUACAAAGAAAAAUACGAAAAGCUCAUCAGCAAUGGCUUCAGAGAAAACGGCUCCAGCAGCGACAACCCUUCCUCUCCAGAGUUUUUCAUGUGAGUCUCACCUUGUUCAGGCUUGACUCCUUAAUGCGUUCUCCAUUUGAGUGUUGUUGGGGCUUGCUAGAUCAAGAACCAAGAAUGACAUCUUAAAAAUAAACAGAUACUCGUGGGUCUGGGGCUGAAUACCACCUUAAGUUAUUCAUGAGUUUUGUGGGCUUGCUAUAGAACAGACACAACUUGCCACCACAAAAGUUCUUCACGUGAAGCUUGUUCGUUGAGACCAACCAUCCACUUUUAUUUAGUUCAUGUGAGUUUUUAUUUUGAGUUUGCUGUGUCCCAAAAUCUGAGAUGCAUUUUGUCAUCUUAAGUUCUUCACAUAAGACUGAGCUUGUGUGACAAAGCCUCAAGCUUUCCAUUUAAAUUCAUCAAACGUGUUUCAACACUGUCGUGCUUAAAAUAAUAAAACACACGAUCAACCUGCCAAAACAAAGCCUACAACUACCUUCAGUUUUUAUGUCUUUGGCCUUACUCUGCCAAAUGUUAAUGACAUUGAACCUGUCGUAGUACCCCUUACUCAUCUCAUGCAUUAUAAUGCUUGCAGUUUUGUGUUCAGCAAAGAAGAACUUUAACUGUUUCAGAAGACAUUAUGAAAAACAUUAUAUAUUAAUAAAAGGCCUGCAUGCUGGACAUGUAUGGUAUUAUUAUUUUAAUUUUUUUUCUUUUCGCUUGGAAAUGAAUUUUAUUGGAGACAAUAAUGGCAUGGCAUUCAUUAAAUUUAUUUUAUUGCCUCAUCACUUUUUUGAGUGGAAAGCAAAAAAGUGUAACUGAGAUCCUCCCUGAGUUUGCAUCUGCUAUGUAAACUGCAUUUGACUUGUUUUUAAGUUUUGCAAAAAAGGAAACAAAAAAAAUAGAAAAAAAAGAGUAAAAUUCACAUUAUGCACUGAAGCAUUCCCUGUACCUUUUCAUAAUGGAUUUGGAUCCUUUUGUGUGGCAAAACCAGACACUGAAAGUUGCUUUCAAAGGAUUUGGUAUCCCACAAUUUUGGGACUUAAACAAUCUUCUUUCUUAAAACAGUUUAUACUUACUGUUGAGAGGAUGCCCCACUUGUAUGUUUGGUCACUGUAUUAUAUGGAAUGCUAUGGAUUCCACACAUAAUUUAAUAAUAGUUUUUAUAUCUGUUAGCCCUAUUGAAAUGUAUGCUAUAAGGUAUAAAAAGGAAUGUUAUAGGCAAACUUAAAAAGAUAGUUCUGUUUUAGAUGUAGAUUUUUUAAAUUCUGAUGCACUAAAUUCUUUACUGUUGUGAAGUGGGGGAGGGGCUAUAAUUGCAAAACUGGGACUGUUAUGAAGCCGAGUAGCUUACGCAGCAUGUGCUUGCAACCUAAAAUAAGUUGGGUAUCUGUAGUCCUCGCUUAUACCACUGACUGUAUUUUAAAACCAAAGUAUUAAUGGGGAGGCACCCCUGUAUGUCCUACAGGGGUAUUAUAAAACUGUAUAGGUUUUUGUUUCAAAACUGAAGUAUUUGGGACUGAAUUGCACUAAAAUGUAACCUGCAAGCAUAUAAUUAAAAAAAUAGCAGAAGUGUUUAGAACGCUAAUAAAAUGUAUGCAGUUAUAAGAUGGCAUUACUGCACAGUUUUAAAGUUAUGCAGAUUUUUUUACACUUAAAUUGUGGUGCAGAACUGGAUUUUCUGUAACUUCAAAACUCCAUAGCUUCAAAGGCAAUAAUAAUAAUAAUAUUAAUAAUAAUAAUGAUAAUAAUCAGUAAAUGUGUCUCCAUAUUUUCUAUAUUUUCAGGGAUGGAUAGUCUAUCAUUGGAGAUAAAAAUCAUACCACAGUAAAUAGUAAAUCAUGUCAUUAGUUUUCAUUUUAUAUAUUUUGCUGUGCAAAAUUAUUUUUUACAUUGAGUUACUAACAGUGUGUAUGUUGGUAUGUGCUUAGUUUCUUUUUCAAGUCUCUGGUUAAAUGAUUUAAUUUGCAAUAAAUUGCAGGGUUGUUUUUAUUCUGUUGUAUUUGGUAGUCCUUAGCUCAGUGCAUAAAUUAACCCUUUAUAGAAUCAGCAACUGUCCCCUUAUGGUAUUAUCACUAGGUAAAUGCUCAGAGGUAGAUAACAGUCACUUUAAUUUUAGGGGACGUUUGCACAGUAGUAUCUGAUCCUGCAAAAUUUAAACAAUGUUCUGUGUUUCACAAAGGUUUUUUUCCCCCCACUUACAAUUUUAUUGCCAGUCAUGAAGUAUGUAGCAUUACAAUUAAAUUUCAAAAGAAAAUGUAAUAAGGAAUAAAACUGGCCAGGUGGCACAUAACUCUUCUUAAUAACAGUUUCUGUCACCAUUACUAUAUCUUGCUUAAAGUAAAACUGUGCUUAUGAAUACAGGGAUAGCAGUCUAUUAUUACUGUGAGGCAAACAUUUACAGUAUUCAUAAGUUUUUUGGUUCAUGUAGUUAAUGUUUAAAACAAACUCUAGUGAAUGCUAGUGAUUGUUAUAAUGUUAAUAGUAGUUUAAUGUGGUUUCCAUAUUAAGUGGACAAGAAAGCCUCUUCUUAGAAACUUGCUGUGUAUGUGACAAAUUGGUCACUUUCCUAAUACUUGUGGCUUGUGAGGGAGGGGGGCUAUUUGAAAAUAUUAUAAUGUACUAUAACCAGUAGUAACUGGAAAUGUAAAUAAUCUUCCUUUACCAGUCUGCAUGCUUCAAGUCACUUAUAUAGAGCAUAACUCCAAACCAGAGAUUGCAUUUUUAUUGUUCUGCAGUUUGAAAUACAUCAACUUUUAAAAAAAGUA